UGAAAAAAAAAACCAUCAAAUUCCCAAAGAAAACGAAAAUACAAGGUUUGUUUUUGGGUUUUAUUAUUCGAUCAAUGUCGGGGGAAUUGCAGUUAGAGCCAGCAGGUGCUCGAAACCCUAGUGAUUCUGAUCCUCUUUUAGGAAACCAGAUCGAUUCGCCGUCGCCGGCGAGUUCGAGUGAGAUUCGGAGUGAAGAUAUCGAGAAUGGUUCGGCUCCUUGUUGCCGCAUUUGCCUCGAGUGCGAUGGUGAAGAAGAUGAUGAAUUGAUAUCUCCAUGUAUGUGCAAAGGCACCCAACAAUUUGUUCAUCGUGCUUGCCUUGAUCAUUGGCGUUCGGUAAAGGAAGGGUUUGCUUUCUCCCAUUGCACGACUUGCAAGGCUCAGUUUCACCUUCGUGUUGAAUUGUUCGAGGACAACUCUUGGCGUAAAAUAAAGUUCAGACUUUUUGUUGCAAGAGAUGUCUUUCUCGUAUUCUUGGCCGUACAAACUGUCAUUGCUGCAAUGGGAGGCUUUGCAUAUGUCAUGGAUAAAGAUGGGGCUUUUCGGAAAUCAUUCAGUGAUGGUUGGGAUCGCAUACUGUCAAACCAUCCUAUACCGUUUUAUUAUUGCGUAGGGGUGCUUGCCUUCUUUGUGUUGCUUGGAUUUUUCGGGCUCAUAUUGCAUUGCUCCUCUCUCAAUAGCAAUGACCCACGAAUGGCUGGAUGCCAGAAUUGCUGUUAUGGGUGGGGUAUAUUGGAUUGCUUUCCUGCAUCUAUGGAAGCAUGCUUUGCACUGGUGGUCGUUUUCGUUGUAAUCUUUGCCAUUCUGGGGAUAGCUUAUGGUUUCCUUGCUGCCACAAUGGCAAUUCAGCGGAUCUGGCAGAAACACUACCACAUUCUUACUAAGAGGGAGCUUACUAAGGAGUACAUUGUUGAAGACCUUCACGGCUCUUAUACCCCACCUAAACUUGAUCCGGAACACGAAGAGCGCUUGAAAAUGAUGAAGCUUUUGUAGUUAGAUGAAGUAAAGGAGGUGGUGAGGAAAGCCAUAAGAGGUAUUUGAGUCUUUCCAAAUUAUUCAGAAUACAAAAAGAUAAAAUUUGGUCGGCUGCUUGGCCAUUUUUGUCAAAAAGAGUUGAGGAGGAGGGGGAGGGGGGAGAGUGAUGUCCUUUUGUCCCUAAAUCUCACUUUGAAGUCUUUACAUCGGUAUUGCUGACAGUGAACAAGGUAACCAGCCGUGCUGGGGUGGCGGGGGUGCAUAAUAAUCUGUGCAGUUAUAUAUAUAUGUAUCUUCUUUCUUGAUGUUUUGUCUAAUAACAAACCAUACUUUGCCUACGAAAACCAUUGAGUAGGUAAAUUGUUCUUAUCUCCACAUUGUUCUACCAAAUAUACUUUUGCCUAUUAAGAUUUUAUAUAAAUCAUUACUUCAAAA